GAAUGCCUUGUAGAUAUCCGUAGAUAAAAAAGAUAAAGUUUCCGUUAAAAUCUUUAAAAGAUCCUGUAAUUUAGUACAGCAUGAAGUAAAACUGAGAAAAGAGGAUUUAUAAUAAUAUGUAAACCUACUUUUCAUACCAGAAAGUGAUUGUUUUCUCUACCUAUGUUCUUUACAUAUAUUUUUAAUGACACGUCCUGUACAAAAAUAAAAAUACGGUUUAUGUGCAAUACUUUCUGCUUUGUUUCCUUAUAGCAAAUAUAUACAGUUUGUUUUUAGUAUCAUUUUAUUAAGUUAUGCUACGUUUUGUUGAUCGUAUGGCGACCGUCACAACUCGAAACCUCAUUUUAAAUGAUAAAGUAAGAGCCUUUAGUUCUUCUAAAGUCAAAUCUUUGGUUGAAAAUUAUUUUGAUUUAAAUUUUCGAAUACACGGACCAACUGGCGAAGAGUGACCACUUCCAAUAAGACGAGUGGCAAGAUGAUUCGAUUUCUUCUCACCAAGACGAACAAAGUGACAAAAGGUCUAGAUUUAAAAGAUAAAACAUGUUUGAUAACUGGAGCGAACAGCGGCGUCGGUUUAGAAAUGACGAAAUGUUUAAAUUUAUGCGGAUGCACUGUCCUCAUGGCGUGCCGGAACACGUAUGCUGCAAGCGUCGUCGCUAAAAAUACAUGCCUCAAACCCGAUAGUCUACGACUUUACGAAUUAAAUCUUGCUUCACUUAGAUCUGUGCGAAAAUGCUCUGAUGAUCUUUUAAAUAAAGAAAAAAAAAUUGAUAUUGUUAUCCUGAAUGCUGGAAUUUUCGGCUUACCUUGGACAGAGACUGUGGAUAAAUUGGAAAUAACGUUUCAAGUCAACUAUCUAAGCCAAUAUUAUCUGCUCAUGAAUAUCGAAGAUAUUCUUGCCGAUAAUGCAAGAGUCGUAAUAAUAUCGUCAGAAUCUCACAGAUACGUAACGUUGCCUUUUAAUGAAAUAUUAACGCCAACUGAGGAAACACUUUCACUUCCCAAAAAUAAAUAUAGCUCCAUCAAAGCAUAUAAUAUUUCAAAAUUGUGUGGAAUAUUAGCCAUGCAUAAUCUAGGAUAUCGUUGGCUAAACACUAAGAAAACUGUGAUCAGCGCGCACCCGGGUUCAUUUGUGAAAACAAGAUUGUGUCGUAAUUGGUGGCUUUACGAAGCUAUCUACACCGGGAUGAAACCGUUUACCAAAACUAUAGCUCAAGCUGCUAGUACACCACUGUACUGCGCUACAUCAUCCGAUUUGAAUGGUUUAUCGGCGAUCUAUUACAAGAAUUGUGAACGUUGUCAAGAGAGCGACCUGGCUAGCAAUCUCCAGUUAUCGUUUCGAAUAAACGAUUUGACCAAAGACAUUAUUCGAGAUAGAGUGACGAUGUCAGAGUUGCCAGUUUCUUUGUCAGACACGCGUCAAAAACACGACGUCGAACACAAUAUCGAAGAUUCACUUUUAACGAACUAUUCAAAUUGACCAAUUAUUUUGUCGUCUAUUUUAUUGCGAAUUGAAGUUUUUAGUUCGUUUUAAUUAGAAUUUAAAAUUAGUUUAUUGCGGUCAUUUUUCAAAUAAAAGACUUACAACAUUUA